UUUUCUUCCCUUUUUAAGCUCAAGUUCUUGCCCUUUUCCUCUCUUGAAUUCGCCGUUUUCCAUGCACCACCACCGCGAAAAGGGUGGCGCCUCCCUCAUAGAUAGGCUGCUCCACCCCAUGUUUUCAUUAGGGUUUUCCGGAAACCCUAUGGAUGAUCGACCGGACCAGAUCAUUCUAGGGUUUCAAAGUAGUGACCUUCACAGCCACGAAGAGGAAGAGGAAGAAGAGGAAGAAGCAGUCUACAAAAAUGCGAAGAGAAACGAGGAAAACCCUAAUUCAAUCUCCAAAAGGAGGGAGAAUGGUGGCACAAAAGUUUGUGCUAGAGGGCACUGGAAACCCUCAGAGGAUGCGAAGCUCAAAGAGCUCGUCUCCGCCUACGGCCCCCAAAAUUGGAACCUCAUAGCAGAAAGACUUGAAGGAAGAUCAGGAAAGAGCUGCAGAUUGAGAUGGUAUAAUCAACUAGACCCUAAGAUCAACAAGAAGGCAUUCACAGAUGAAGAGGAGGAUAGACUAAUGGAGGCUCACAGAAUGUAUGGCAACAAAUGGGCUCUGAUUUCCCGGCUUUUCCCAGGUCGAACGGACAAUUCGUUGAAGAACCAUUGGCAUGUGCUGAUGGCGAGGAGGAGCAGAGACAAACCCAAGUCUUACAUAAAGAUGAAAUGGGCUUGCUCGAAGCCUUCGCCUCUCGAAGAUCAGACAAGAACGACAAUGCAAGAAUCUGCAGCUUAUAACUACAACUCUCUUGCCACUAUCCCAAAUCACUAUGGGGAACAUGGAUUAUUCGACUAUCAACACUUCAAUCAUGCAGGAAGUUCAUACUCACCGGGAUCAACGUCCCAGAUAUCGUUUGCUGCUCCAGUAUCGUCUUCUACUUCGGCUGCAGAUCACUACCAAGAUGCUCACUGUUAUCAGGAGAGUGUGGAAACGCCUACAUUUAUAGAUUUUCUUGGAGUUGGAUCUAUAUGAUAUGAGCACUUGCAAGUCUCAAGACAUUUUUAAGUUUAAUUGGCGCCUCUCUAAAUUAUAUGAAAUCGAUUAUUGCAAAUUUUAUUA